AGCCUCACCGUCUUUCUCACGUUUCCCCAAACGAGUCGGCCUUGAAACCCUAGAUCGAAAAAGAAAAAUCAGAUGGCAGAACAUCUAGCCUCUAUAUUCGGCACGGAGAAGGACAGGGUGAACUGCCCUUUCUACUUCAAGAUCGGCGCCUGUCGUCACGGAGAUCGAUGCUCCAGGCUUCACACCAAGCCUAGUAUCAGCCCUACUCUCCUUCUCUCUAAUAUGUAUCAGCGUCCUGAUAUGAUUACUCCUGGUGUUGAUCCUCAGGGCCAGCCUCUCGAUCCUCGCAAAAUCCAAGACCACUUCGAGGAUUUUUAUGAGGACUUGUUUGAGGAGUUAAGCAAGUAUGGUGAACUUGAGAGCUUGAACAUCUGUGACAAUCUGGCUGACCACAUGGUGGGGAAUGUAUAUGCUCAGUUUAGAGAGGAGGAGCAUGCUUCAGCUGCUGUGCAAAGCCUCACUGGAAGAUUUUAUGCAGGGCGUCCCAUUAUUGUUGACUUCUCUCCUGUGACGGAUUUUCGUGAAGCUACCUGUAGGCAGUACGAGGAAAAUGUAUGUAAUCGAGGUGGCUACUGCAAUUUUAUGCAUCUGAAAAAGAUUAGCAGGGAACUGAGGAGACAGCUGUUCGGAAAGAACAGAAGGGGACGAAGUCGUAGCCGAAGCCGCAGCCCUCAGCAUAACCGUGGCUAUGAAGAACGUCCUCAUGGUGGUGGUCGUGGUUAUGGUCGAAGAGGUGAUUAUGCUGAUCACCGCCAGAAUGAUCGAGGCAGGAGGCCCAGAAGUAGGAGCCCUGGGAGAAGGGGUGGAAGGAGCAGGAGUCCCAGCGGCAGAAGAAACAAGAGUCCUGUUAGGGAAGGCAGUGCUGAGAGAAGGGCCAAAAUUGAGCAAUGGAACAGGGAACGGGAUCAGGCAGAAACUGGUAAUAAGAGUGCUAAUAAUUACAGUAAUGACGACCGUAAUAGUGAUGGCAACGGCAAUGGGAAUGCUCAUAACAAAGAGCAAUACUAUGAACCUCAUCAGCAGCGACAAAACGUACCAGAUGAUGGAGGUUAUAGCAACUGAUGCAAAUGGUGGAGUACAGGUUGACUGUUCUAGAUUUCGAAAGCAAAACCUCUUAUUUUUCCUCAUUUUUUACCCUUAUCCUAUUUAUUUAAAUUAAAUAUAAUAGUCUAAGGUCAAUACCUAGGUACUAGUGUAAUGUGUCAUUUUGGUUCUUGCAUGGUAUUUUCUAUAAAUGACUACCCGCCGUAAUUCUGCUCCUGCAUUUUCGAAGAAAUGUCUGUACAGUGCCAUUAUUUUAUAUAAUAUUUUCGUUUUUUUGAGAAAAUGUCUGUACAGUGACCUAAGAAAGAUGUCUAGUUGGAUAAGAUUUUUUUAUGUGACCCCCUUUUGAAGAGUCAUUUUUCUUGCCCGAUAGACAUAUUUCCCUUAAUUUGCCCAACAGGAAUACUAGCUUUCCCAAAGUAUGUUUCAAGCUACUAUUGUCGUAAGAAGAGAUGGUACGUCUUCUCAGUUUGUUUUGGUCUAGAAUCUUCGUAGAAUGUGUUUUCUUCCUAUUAUCUAGUUUGAAGUAUUCCAAGUCUAAAGAGUUGCAAAGUACAGGGAUGCAGGUGUUUGUGUUUGUGCUUUUUUCGUUAUAAGUUUAUCUUACAUAGGGUUAUCUUCCAAGUCUAAAGAGGUGUAAAAUAAGGGAUGUGUACUGUGUAGGGAUGCAGAUGCGUGUGUUUUGGUGCUUUUUUCAUUAUAGGGUUAUUUUACAAGUCCAAAGAGGGUAAAUACAGGGAUGAAGAUGUGUUUUGGUGCUUUUUCGUUAUAGGGUUAUCUUACAUAGUCUAUGAGUUUUGCAGGUUCAGGUAUUCCCAGGAUCUGGUGUCUUUAAUAUAGCAGCUUACAAUAAUAUUUGUAUACAGGUUGGACAUAAUCUGCAGAAUUUACAGCCUGCAGAUAUUACAUGCUGGAGUUUCUGAUACUUGCCUGGCCGGUGAAAACCAUUUGCUUGUGAGAUGUUUUUUAUGCGUCUUUAUUUAGAAAAACAACAGUGGAGGGACUAGAGCUACCUGAAAAGCAGCUGUGGAAUCUCUUCAUAGUUCAGCAGUGAUGUAUUUCUCAUGCUUCUUUAUCUAUGCAGUUUUUAGGAUUUUUCUUGAAAAAAUUGUUUGAUGCAGUUUCGUUUUGUUGCAGUUUCGUUACUGGUUUAGUGCCUGUUUAAAUUUGGAACUGAUAUCUGUACUUGGUUAAGAUUGUGUUUAUUCAGGCUUUUUUUUGUUA